CCGAUUUCCCGUUAUCUUUCCCUUGCAAAUUGUAUGUCCCUGCUCACGUCAUCUAUUAUUCUUUUAGCUUUCAACAACUCUUCUCCGGCCUUCACAAUUAAUUAUUAGCUACUCCUAAUUACUAGUACUAUUGUUUAUUACGGAGUACUACACACUGCUUGACUCUACAAGCAUGUAAGUUUGAGAUUCAGGGAAUAUUUAUUAGCAUUAUUAUAAAUAAGUUACAGAGCACAAGGCAUUUAAGGUUUCCAUGUAAGUACUCUGAUACUAUUAUCCUGUUCUCUCUACCAAUGUUUUUUUUAAUUUUCCUUGCUCACGCAAUUACUUGCUUUAUAGUUGCAACCAAGUUUAUAUAUAGAUACGUUUUUAGAACAAAAUAUAGAGAUGUAAUGUUGCAUUCUGUAUACGCAAGUUACUUGGAUGUUGUUUGAAAGAAGAUGUCAUAUUAAUAGAUAGUACAAAUUAUAAAUCCUAUAACUAUUACAAUAUCUCUAAUAAAGAAAUAGAAGUCAUAAUAUUAGGAGUAAUGAUGGUAAUUAAGGAGGAAAGAAGAAAGCAGAAAAUGCGGUUGGAGAAUUAGGUGCUUAAAGUUAGUUGAGUCUAUCCCAGUAUCUAACAGUCAACUCUCUCUCUCUUUACCUAGCCAUUAUUAUUAUUUUUAUUUUAAAACAAUGACCUGACAUAUGCAUAUGUCUUUUCUCUCUCUACUCUCUACACAUGUAAUUCAAUUCAAUUAAAGAAGAGACAGAGAAGUUCGUCUUUGUUUGUAUACCCUUAAAUCAUGCAACCCCUUAUUCUCAUUCCUACUCCCUGUCUACAGUAAUUUAUAUGAACUUAAUUAUGUAGUUUAAAACGAUUAACUUCAUGAGUAAUGGCAAACUUAUGUUCAAAUACCUAAUUUUCAAUCGUUUGUGCGGUGCAGAAGUAAUUCGAACAUUUUGUUAACAAUUUUUUUUUUGUUAACAAAAUUAAAUCUAUAUAGGAACGGAUAUUUUCCAAAUUCACAACCGAAUUUCUCAUACGAACAUAUCUAAUAUUUAUUUUUCGAAAAUAAUGUACAUCAAUGGCUGCAGUGAUGUAUAAGCUGGCCAUGUUUUAAAGUAAUCAAGUGUGAAUAUAAUUGUAAACUAAAUGGUGAGAAUAUAUAUGCAUAAGUAUAUAACUAGGAAGAAAGGGUUAAAUUAUAAUUAAAUGAAGCACCUAAAAGUCAAGCAAUAGAGAAAUAUCUGAAAAACGACCGUUUACAUAAUUGGAAUAUAUAUAGCCUUAUCUGUAUAUGUAAUAUAAGAGUACAUUUUGGUAUAAAAUAAUAAAUAAAAACAACAAAUAUAGAGAUUAAUAUAAAUAGAAGGAAGGAGGAGAGGGAAGAUAAAGCAAAUUAAGAUUUCGGAGCUUAUGUCAAUGGCCGUCGAGAUGUCAUCGAAACAACCCACCAAAGACUUCUUCUCCUCUCCAGCCCUCUCCCUCUCUCUCGCUGGGAUAUUUCGGAAUGCAUCCUCCGGCAGCACGAACCCUGAGGAGGACUUUCUGGGAAGAAGAGUAGCUGACGAUGAGGAUCGGACGGUGGAGAUGAGCAGCGAGAACUCGGGACCCACGAGAUCCAGAUCAGAGGACAAUUUGGAGGGUGAGGACGAUCAAGAGGAAGAAGAGGAUGGUGCAGGAAACAAAGGCAACAAGAGGAAGAGGAAGAAGUAUCAUCGCCACACCACCGAUCAGAUUAGACACAUGGAAGCGCUGUUCAAAGAAACACCUCAUCCGGACGAGAAGCAAAGACAGCAGCUGAGCAAGCAAUUAGGACUAGCUCCUCGCCAAGUCAAGUUCUGGUUCCAAAACCGCCGCACCCAGAUCAAGGCUAUUCAAGAACGACACGAAAACUCAUUGCUGAAAGCGGAGCUAGAGAAGCUGAGAGAGGAAAACAAAGCGAUGAGAGAGUCAUUUUCCAAGGCUAAUUCCUCCUCGUGCCUCAACUGCGGAGGAGGAGGAGGAGCAGGAAGCCCCGAUGAUCUCCUCCUUGAAAACACCAAACUAAAAGCCGAACUUGACAAGCUUCGUGCGGCUCUCGGACGGACUCCCUAUCCCCUUCAGGCCUCAUGCUCCGAUGAUCAACAGCGCCGUGUUGGCUCACUCGAACUCUACACGGGGGUCUUUGCCCUCGAGAAGUCCCGCAUCGUGGAGAUUGCCAACCGAGCCACCCUUGAACUUCAGAAGAUGGCCACCUCCGGUGAACCUCUGUGGCUCCGCAGCCUUGAGACUGGCCGUGAGAUUCUUAACUACGAUGAGUAUCUCAAGGAGUUUCCUCAAGAUCAGACCUCUUCAUUUCAUGGAAGAAAAACCAUUGAAGCCUCCCGAGAUGUGGGUAUCGUGUUUAUGGACGCACAUAAACUUGCCCAAAGUUUCAUGGACGUGGAGCAAUGGAAAGAGAUGUUUGCAUGUUUGAUCUCAAAGGCGGUUACGGUUGAUGUAAUUCGACAGGGUGAAGGGCCUUCCAGGAUCGACGGUGCCAUUCAGUUGAUGUUUGGGGAGAUGCAGCUGCUCACUCCAGUUGUCCCAACAAGAGAAGUCUACUUUGUGAGAAGUUGCCGCCAGCUGAGCCCUGAGAAAUGGGCCAUCGUGGAUGUAUCGGUCUCUAUGGAGGAGGACAACAACGCAGAGAAGGAGGGUUCACUGCUGAGAUGUCGGAAGCGCCCUUCAGGGUGCAUCAUCGAGGACACCUCCAACGGCCACUCCAAGGUCACUUGGGUGGAGCAUCUUGACUUGUCUGCUUCCACGGUUCAGCCUCUCUUCCGCUCUUUUGUCAACACCGGUUUGGCCUUUGGUGCUAAACAUUGGGUCGCCACCCUUCAGCUCCACUGCGAACGACUUGUCUUCUUCAUGGCUACCAACGUCCCCACCAAGGACUCUCUCGGGGUUACAACGCUGGCCGGGAGAAAGAGCGUACUCAAGAUGGCACAGAGGAUGACACAAAGUUUCUACCGCGCCAUUGCUGCUUCUAGCUACCAUCAGUGGAACAAGAUCACCACCAAAACUGGACAAGACAUGAGAGUUUCAUCCAGAAAAAACCUCCAUGAUCCUGGAGAGCCUACCGGAGUCAUAGUUUGCGCUUCUUCCUCCCUCUGGUUACCUGUUUCUCCUACUCUUCUCUUUGAUUUCUUUAGAGAUGAAACUCGUCGCCAUGAGUGGGAUGCUUUGUCAAACGGGGCUCAUGUUCAGUCAAUUGUAAGCUUAUCCAAGGGACAAGAUAGAGGCAACUCAGUGUCUAUCCAGACAGUGAAAUCGAGAGAAAAGAGCACAUGGGUGCUGCAAGACAGCUGCACAAACUCAUAUGAGUCGGUGGUUGUAUACGCUCCCGUAGAUAUAAACACGACACAGAUGGUGAUCGCAGGACAUGAUCCAAGCAACAUCCAAAUCCUCCCUUGUGGAUUCUCAAUCAUACCUGAUGGAGUAGAAUCACGACAACUGGUAAUCUCGUCUGCACAAGAGGCAGACAGAAACACACAAGGAGGGUCUCUGCUCACAAUGGCCCUCCAAACGCUCGUCAACCAAUCUCCGGCAGCAAAGCUGAAUAUGGAGUCUGUGGAAUCAGUCACAAACCUCGUCUCUGUCACGCUGCACAACAUUAAGAGAUGCCUACAAAUCGAAGAUUGUUGAUGAUAAAAUAACUCACAUCAUGUGUCACGUUUAUUAUGGAGAUGUUGUUUACCUAUAUAAAGUAUAUGAUAAUGUAUAGCAGUGCAUUAAGUUUUUUUGUACAAAAACAUGCUGUCUUUCUGCAACCAUACUAUUAUCCAAAUAUUUAUGCUGCAAGCAUUAAGAGCA